AUUAAUACGAAUCGGCAAUUCACCAUGAGUUCCUCAGCAUUUUUUGACAAGUGAAUUACAAAGCUUCGCCGCGUUCUUCCAGCUAACCAGAAAAAGUAGAAACUCCCAGCGCUGUAUCACGAACUAAGCACGGUCUCGCAUGUAAUUCAUCGUUAAAGCGUGAAAAACAAUUAUGGAUAUUCUUACGAAGUUUGCGGAAGAUAAGGAAAAGUCUGCAGCCUUAGAAGACGCUUUCAAAUCUUCUAGAUAUCCAGAUACGUUGACUAUUUCGCUUCUCGCUGCCCACAUUGGAUCAACUGAAGAAGAAGUACAGGUAUGGCGUUUUUAACAAUUCUUUUUCUUGGUCUAGAACCACGAAAAAGUGAAGGCUAUAUAAUAUUUUGACUGAAUGAUCGAAGGAAAAAGGAAACCGGAUGAUUAGGAAAUUGCGUCUGAAAUGUAGAAAAAAUAUUCAGAUCUUUUGCAACCAAUUUUUGCUUCAAUCAAAUACUUAAUAUACAGAAAUGUUUUUAGUGUAUUUCUAUACAUCGUGGUUUACCGAAAAGACCUAUCAGAAAAAAAUAUCCACUGAUGAUAUAACCAAAAUUCCCCCUUAAAGUUCGUUUGGAGGAUUUAUCGUCAUUCAUCCUUUAGCGGAUAUUCUUCCUCAAACUUAAACCUCAGACGUUUUGUAAACACAAUGAAAGACUAUUCAGUUUGUACAGCGCGGCGCUCACGUUGCGGCAAUACAUGAAAUUUUUCUGGCGCUGUGAGUGCAUAAUUAAAUUUCGAGCGCGUCGCACUUCGCAUUAUUUUUAAAACUGCCACUGUAAGAAAAUAUGUCUACCUGCCGAAUUUUCGUUUUUCGUCCUUAAUAAGAAGAAAAUCUUGUACUGAUCUGUUUCGCUGAGUUUUCGAAGCGUUUUUUUUUUAACCACUAUUGGCGAUUCAUUAACAUAAUGCUGAUUAAUAAAAUAUGCGAUUAUUAUUACUUUUGCCUGUCUAACAAAAAUGUUUUGCUUUUUCAAACAUCGCAGAACUGGUUCACAGCAAGGGUAACAAAAUGGAGGAAGGAAGAAGGAUUUGUUCCAAUUGCUGAACGAGCAGCAAUUUUGGCUCAAAAUAUGAGCAAAAGCGGCACUAAAGAAUGAGAACUGACGAGCAAACAGAAGGCAAAGUUGAAAAAAAUAUAAAAAUAUAUAGGUAGGAGUCCAACACUUUCGGCCGAGAACAUCAAUGUGACAGCUUGUAAAACUUCUCCACUGCCCGUAACAAGCUACAUUAUUUUUUAAAGUGUUGGAGCUUUAAGUUGUGGGAUAAAGUACCACAAUUCUCAGCAUUAAUUGGAGAAAAUAUUUUAAAAAUACGCAUUGAUAGUAAAAUCCGAAUAUUAACGAAACUUUUAUUUGGAUUUCUUCUUUUCUUUUUAAAGAAACCAUUAUUAAUUGCAUUCCCAAGAAUUCGCUUGUAGUUUACAAUAUUUCGUCCAGCAUUAUUGAUUAUCUGCAAAAAAAUAUUUUGGAAAAAAGGAUAGUAUUCUUUUUCUAGAGAAGGCCAGGCAACGCAACCAAUUUAAUUAAUGUAAUGUUCAGUGGAAUAUUCACUUUGGGAAUUUAGGCGCGGGCGCCUUGAAUUACCCAAAUAAACAGGAAUGAAUCAGCUGAAUGCAGGGGCCCCUGCUGAAUGAAUGUAAGUUUUUCAUUUACAGAUUAGAGAUGUUACAAUCUUCCUUGCCAGAAACAUCUGUUUGCAUCAUCGCUUUCAAGGAUAGGUUCUCAGAAGUUUUAGUAGUACAUUCUCAAGAAUCGGAAGUUAAUAAAUAAAGGC